CAUUAGAAACAUUUUCGCUGCUAAAUUCAUAAAAAAAUAAAUGUUUGGAAUAAAAAAUUAGUGAUUACAACUUGAAAAUUUCAAGUAGUUGAAGUUUUAAAACAUUGUUAAGGUUUGUAAAAAAUCUAGUAUCGAUAUAAACGAUGGGUCUAUGCAAAUGUCCAAAACGGCAAGUGACGAAUCAAUUUUGUUUUGAACACCGAGUUAAUGUAUGUGAAAAUUGCAUGGUGCAAAACCAUUCCAAGUGUAUUGUUCAAUCAUAUCUUCAAUGGCUGCGCGACAGCGAUUACGUCUCCAAUUGUACUCUAUGCUCUUCAACACUUGAACAGGGUGAUUGUGUACGCUUAUCUAUGUACUUUAAUUUGGUUGCAGACGUUUUUCAUUGGGAUUGCUUGAAUUCAAGGCAGUCAUCAUUGCCUAGUAAUACAGCGCCACGUGGUCACCAGUGUCCAAUUUGUGAUACAGAGAUAUUUCCGAAUUUCAAUUUGGUAUCACCGGUAGGGGAUGCGUUGAAAGCACAUUUGUCACAAGUAAAUUGGGGACGAAAUGGAUUGGGCCUUUCUCUUUUGCCUAAAGAUAAGUCAGUCGAGUCGAGUGCGAAUUUUAAAAGUCAAGGUCCAUCUACUACAGUUUCUACACCUACACAGACUGCAGCAGUUAGUAAUAUGACCAAAGUUCAUCAUUCCGUAGGUGUGGAGCGUUUAAAGGAUAAUGGACUAUUUUCCGAGCAAAUUAUGCGUCAUGAGAAUCCCCAUUCUGUUCUGUUAAUGGACGCAUUUAGUUUACCAGUUGAAAAAAAUGUUCUUGCUAGUAGCAGACGUCCUUUACUGCCCCGUCAGUCGCCCAUUGGUGGCACUGAUCGUGAUGAAAACAAAUAUAAACGGCGCACACCUUCAGAAAUAUUUUCACGUUGGUCACGUCGUUUCUAUGCGCCCUCUUCUCGUCCACCCUGGCGUCGUACUUGGUUUCUGGUAAUAAGUGGUGUAUUAGCAUUUUUAGUACUCAUAUAUUUGAUGGCACUUCUUGGACGUGGCAGUGACAAUGAAUCUAUCCAUGAUAGUUGGAAUGAUCCAAAUCCUAAGCCAGAUCUUCAUUAUGAAUAAAAUUAAAUUGUUAAUGUAAUCUGAUAUUUAGUUACGAUAUAUAUUAUUUGUGCAAUUGUAUAAAUAUAGAUUACUAUGUAUUAGAUUUCGAUAUCA